AUGCAGAAAGCAUCCUGCCUGCAGGACCGCGACAAUCAGUUGAGCAAAGCAGCAGUUCGGCAGCACUUGGCUGCUGUGAGCGUCCGACCCGGCCUCCGAGCGUCCGGGUCCAGUUCUUAUGUCCGUGAUUUGAAGCCCGGUCUCCUGGUGUGUUCAGGAGUUUUCCUUGAUGGUCCGCCGGGCAUACCCUCACUUCAAGCAAAUCGCGAUCGAGAGGGCCGGGGCCCAAGCAUGCUCCACACUUUCGAUUCAUUUGGAACUGCUCUGGGCACUCCAUCAGAGAGCUUGAUUCAGAGGCUUUUCUCCUCGCCAGACUUGGAACUGGCACUUCCGUGGGCAGUGUUCCGCCUGUGGGAUCUUGACGAGGAUGAGGCAAUUAGCCCCGCAGAGUUGGAAUACGGUAUCAAGAAGGCCUUCCCGAAAACCGGAAAGGAGGAGCUAUUGCGUCUGUUAAGUGCCAUGAUGGGUGAUAGAGAAAACGUCGGUCUGGCAGCACCUUUGCCCACGCUCCGAAACGGGAACGCCCCAUCAAGUGGGCGCGACCGUAGAGAGACGCUGCAAGGCCAAGGCAAGAGCGGGGUGACUUACCUCGACUUUGUGAACUUCGUCUUUCCACCGGGGAAGGCCGACCUGGCGGCCCAAGUCAGCGCACGAGUCAUGGGUGGCUAA